AUGCAAUUAAUUACUAUUACAAUUUUUGUUGUUUUUUGUUGUUACGUUAUGCCAUGUACAGUGGCAAAAGAAGACAUUUUAUCAUCGGAAGAGAAUCAUUUUUCGAAUUUUGAUCGAUCUGUUAUUCAACCAGAAAAUGAACAAUAUUCAGGUGCUAUAUUAAAUAGGCAAAAGAGAACACUUUUUCUAAAAAAAAAGCUUAUCGGUGCGGGACUUUUGGGUUUUGGAUUAGGUGUUGCAAAAGGAUACAAGAUUGGUUAUAAGACUGCUCCAGAAGUUCAUCAUGUAUAUUUGUCCCCUCCUCCAGCAUCCGUGAAAUAUGUAGAAUACGUUGAUAAACCUAUUUUUAUUGAAAGAAUAAUUGAAAGGCCUGUUUUUAAACCGGUACAUGUUGAAUAUAAGGAUGCUUCUUCUUAUGGGUAA